AUGUCUCGCGCCAUCUGCUCAACCAAUGUAUUGGUGGAAGGUGUAGUGGGUCCUGCUACCGUCUUCUACCUGAUCAACUCCGGUAAAAUCUUGCACAUCGAACCUUCGGUGUUGCUGCCAGAGGACCGCCUUUUGGCCACUUUCGAUGUCAACCCUGGUCACUUCCGCGAUGUCUCUCCCUUGGUGAUAAUGCCCGGGUUGGUCGAUGCCCAUGUCCAUCUCAACGAGCCUGGAAGAACAGAAUGGGAGGGUUUUGACACGGGCACACGUGCAGCAGCUGCAGGCGGUGUGACCACCGUCAUCGACAUGCCGUUGAAUGCAAUCCCUCCUACCACCACAGUAGCCAACUUCAACUUGAAGAUAGACGCUGCGCGAGGCAAGACAUGGGUUGAUGUUGGAUUCUGGGGCGGAAUUGUGCCCUCCAACUUGGAGGAUCUUGUUCCGCUCAUAAGAAUGGGUGUGAGAGGUUUCAAGGGGUUCAUGAUCGACUCUGGUGUGGACGAAUUUCCUGCCAUUACGCCCGCCUACAUCAAGAAGGCUAUGAAGAAAGUGAAAGGGUACCAAACCAUGCUUAUGUUCCAUGCAGAAAUGCAACCUCACAAGUCCCACCAACCGCCUGUGUUGGUGGACGAGACAGGUGGUAGAACACCCGUUCUAGUACCUAAUGAGAGACACGCGCUGUUCUCCAUUGAUGCUGCUUUGUCCGAUGAUGAGUCUGACACCCUGUCCUAUAGUACAGAGAACGGAUUCCUGAUGGGCCCAAAUAUUGAUGACCUCGAACUAGGUGUAUCUGCUUCUUUCAUUUCAAGAGCACCCAAACCAGUAGUCCAGCUAUUGAGCACUCAGAAGCCAGACAAGGACUACAUCAAGGCCCAGCGCACUCCUAGACUCGAAUCAAAUUUGACAGAAGCCCAACUUACUGCUUUGGCCAAAUCUCCAUACUUGCAAGCUUCUGAACCGCAGUUUGGUAAACUCUCUCGUUUGGCAAACCCAAACCACGACAGCGAGGAAGUCGCAAACUACCAGAGCCCAUUAGCCAAGCCGUUGGACUUUGAUUCGGAAAAAUUCUUGCAAAACCUCGAUGAGCCUUUGAAGAUGGCCCAGCAAGAAGAUCACGACUUGGAUGGCGUGGAUCCAACCUUGUAUGCAUCAUUCUUGGCCUCGAGACCUGACAAUUUUGAGACUACGGCUAUUGCAGAGAUAAUCGACUGUUCCUUGAGAAACCCUCAGGUGCCGUUGCACAUUGUGCACCUUGCAACGCAUGAAGCGGUGCCUCUCAUAAAAGCUGCCAAGGCCAAAGGAUUGCCAAUUACCGCCGAGACAUGCUUCCAUUAUUUAUCUCUUACUGCUGAAAAAAUCUCAAAUUGUCACACACACUUCAAGUGUUGUCCUCCAAUUAGAACAGACUCGAACCGGAAGCUUUUGUGGUCUGCCUUGAGGAGUGGAGUCAUUACUACUGUUGUAUCUGACCAUUCGCCAUGUACACCUGACUUGAAAGGUUUAGAGAAAGGUGACUUUUUCUCUGCAUGGGGUGGUAUCUCAUCUGUUGGAUUUGGUUUGCCAAUUCUCUUCACAGAAGGUCAAAAGCUCAGUCCGCCAGUAACUCUUGCCGAGAUUUCAACCUGGUGCUCGUGGAACACCGCCAGACAAGUUGGACUCUCUCACAAGAAAGGAAAAAUUGCUGUGGGUUACGACGCCGACUUAUUGAUUUUCGAUCCACAAGUGAAGUAUGUUGUUCAGAACGACCAGACCUAUUUCAAAAACAAGCUUACCGCAUAUGACGGCCUGGAAUUCCAAGGUAAGGUUGUGGAGACCAUUGUUAGAGGAAAUGCUGUCUUUUCAUUGCUGAGAGGCCAUAUUGAUAGACCAGUCGGCAGAUUAAUUUUAGAGCCUAGAGCCUGA